AACCGAAAGCAAACACGACAAAUAUCAUCUUAGUACAAGACAUUGUAUAACAAACAAAAUGAACAAUUUUCAAAUAUUUUCCAUUUUGUUUGGCAUUCUGCUUAUUUCUUUGAUAUCUUCUGAAGCAGGGACCAUCAAAUCUUUAUUGAAAAAUGAGCAACAUUCAAAAUUGAUAUUCAGACGCUCACCUGAUAGUGACAGUAGCAGUUCUGACAGUAGCAGUUCUGACAGUAGCAGUUCUGACAGUUGUGAGGAUAGUUCUCCAAAAUGUAUGGAACUUUGCUGUGAUAUGGAAGCAGCAGGACCAUCACCAGGACCAGCACCAGGACCAGGACCAGCACCAGGACCAGCACCGGGAUCAGCACCGGGAUCAGCAUCGGGAUCAGGACCGGGAUUAGACCCGGGAUCAGCACCAACAAUUAAGGGAAUAAAUUCUGCAAAACAGAUAGUAGAAAACUUAGAAAAAGAUUUAAGAAGAAAAGAAAUCGAAUUAUAUGACAAACAGAAAAAUGUAGAAGAUGCGAAUAAAAAUUACAAUAAAGACUACACAGAAUUAGCCGCGGUAAUAAAUGAAAUAGGGGAUUUAGUUAAUGCAAAUAAUAAUAGGGCCUUGAAUGCUGAACUGCUUAAAAAAUUGAUGGAUGCACAUAAAAAAUUUGGAACUAGUAAGGAUGAGUUAGAUAAAGCAAUAAAAGAGCUAGAAACAGUAGAAAAUGAAAAAUCAGAAUUAAAUAAAAAAUUAACUGUAGCAAAGGCAGAUGUAAAAGACAUGUUUGUCGUGAAAUGAAAACAGCGGUCUGAUUUCAGGUAAUCUUAUUCUUUUUUAACCUAUCACUUUAUCUAAAUCUUUUUUAGCCUAAAUUUCAUAUGACACUCGUUAAUAAACACAAAUUAUGAGAGAGAGAAAAGGACACAAAUAUAUUUGUAACUUUAUCUCUAUCAAGAUUUGCGUUUAUGUGCGAGUAUCAAUUAUAAUUAAAACUCGAAAGAGAUACAGGUCAAGUGACGUUUAAACAAAAUAAGAUUUAGUUUACAGAAAUAUUAGCCCAAAUGACGGUUAGGUUAAAAAAAAAUAAAGUUUAAUAUAAAUUAAAAUCAGAUUGAGGGGAAAUUUACUCAUAUCGAUGUAAUAAUCAUUAAUAUUUUGUAGUAUAAGUGUAUAAUAAUAUUGAUAAUAGAUGUAACAUUAUAGCCUAAUGAGUGGUCAAGUAUACACUUCUUUAACAAGUAAAUUCCCUCUCGAAUUAGAUUAGAUACAGAUAAGGCCAUAUUCUAUAUGUAUUAUGAUUUUACUAAUUAUUAUUUGAUUACAUUAUUAUAUGUUUUAUUUUCUUUAUUAUUAUUAGUUUUGUAUAGGUUAUAAGUAUUUUAUAUAUUUUUAUAUUUCUCUCUUGUUUAUAGGAUUUAUAGUUUUUUCGUUUAUUCUAUUUUUAAUUGCUGUUCUUAUGGUUUUCUUGUGACAUAAUAAAUAAAUUACAAUUAAAAUAACUGUGUAUUCUAUGAAAAAAAAUAUUAAAUUUUUGGAAAAUCAAUCUACAGCACGAAAUUUUUUUUUGUUAGAGUAGUAUAGUAAAUGUGCAAUAUUAUUAAAUUAAGAAAUUCAAUUAGUAUUUACUUAGUAUUUUAUUACGUUAUUACUUAGUUCUCAUUGAAACCUAAUUUUACUAAAUUAAAUUUUUGUACUUAAUUUUUAUAUAUACACUAAAACGUCAAUCGAGAACAGACGAAUGUGCAGUGCUGUUCUCGAUUGACGCGAUUUUUAUCGCUCGAAAAUAAAAACACUCAGGGCCGUAUGAAGGGCCUUACGCAACAAUGUGAAUUCUAUCUAGGGGAUUUUCACUAGUGGGGCACUGAAUCCAUCUUAAAUUUAAAAAUCACAAGUACGACUUUGGCGUCAGUCAUAACCUAAAUUCUACCCGCUUCCCCACUUCCCUUCAAGUGUUCCCUUGCUCUGUUCUCGACUGACGUGUUCUCGAUUGACGUUCUAGUGUAUAUAUAUACCUAUAUUACAAAAAGAUAUCGCCGCCGCAUUAGCCGAAAGUUUUGAACGUUCAUAUGAACGAAAUAUUUUUUCCCAUCUAUAAAUUAUUAAAAAUUAUGAUGACUAUGUAAAAUAAAACAGUAAAUAAAACAAUAAUUAAAUUAAUAA